AUGGCACGUCAGCAACAAGAUGUAGAUGAAUUGUUCGAUGUUAAAAAUGCAUUUUACGUUGGGAAUUAUCAACAAGCGAUAAACGAGGCCCAAAAUGUUAAGCCCUCAUCACCCCAAGUGGCCCUCCAAAGAGACAUAUUCCUCUACAGAUCGUACAUAGCUCAGAACAACUUCAGAAUUGUUCUACAAGAAUUGAAAAAUGCUGAUCCGAUGCUUCAGCCGCUGCAAACGUUGGUUGAAUAUCUGUCCCCUGAUUCCAAUAAACCUAAUAUUGUUGCUGACAUUGAUGCAAGGGUCCAAAAAGGAGUGGAACUAACAAAUGAAGUGUUUCUCAUAGUUGCUGCAACAAUUUACUAUCAUGAGGAUAAUUAUGAGGCUGCCCUUAAAAUAUUGCAUGAGGCGGAGUCGUUAGAGCUACGUGCAUUCAGUCUUCAGUGUCUGUUGGCUAUGAAUCGACCCGACCUGGCUCGGAAACAACUCAAGAAGUUACAAGACAUAGAAGACGACAGUACACUCACACAGCUCGCUCAAGCCUGGUUGAAUUUGUCCGAGGGUGGUCCAGGUGUACAGGAUGCUCACUUCAGUAUAAUGGAAUUGUCGGAGCGUCUCGGGGCGUUGGGGGCCGGGCCGGCAGCCGCAGGAGCCGCCGCUGCCGCCUCUAGAGGUAUGUGGGACGAGGCGGAGCAGAUGUUGACAGAGGCUCAGUCACGCCUUCCACAGCAGCCCGAGUUGUUAUUAGGUCUGGGGGUCGCCGCUGCUCACGUGGGAAAACCUCCCGAGGUAUCAGCUCGAUACUUCGCGCAGAUCCUGGACUCUCAUCCCGACCAUCCGUUCUCUAAGGAGUACAACGCUAAGACGAACGAGUUCAAACGACUGGCGGCGCAGUACCAACCCUCUGUUACAAGCUAA